AUGGCCAAGAAAGCGAAGUCCAGAACCGUUGCCGUCCGGCUGAUCUCCAUGGCCAUGACGGGCUACUACCGCACGAUGAUUCGGCCCCGUGUGCACCGACCGCUUAGCAUGAUGAAGUACGAUCCCGUCGUCAAAAAGCAGGUGCUUUUCCUUGAAGCGACGAAGGGUGGAAAGAACAAAUAA